UCCGGGAUGGAGGCGGACUCAGAAACACACACACGCACACACACACACACACACACACGCACGCAGGGUCCCGCUGGUUCAGGCGAGGAUAGGCUCCGACCCGAGGUGAACUGCUCGUUACAAAUAGGAGCUGCGGCAUUCCACGUAGAGCAGAGUGGAGGCGCUCCUGCUCCACGCCGAUGAAUAAUAAUAUUAAGUAACUGCGCUGAGUGAGUCUGCUUUAUUUAACCGGAGUGGAAAGGCAAGAGGAAGCAGUUUCUUUCUGAGUGGGGAGGGAAAAAAUAUAUAGGAUUUAAGAGGACGUUAUUCCGAGAGGACUGGACAUUGAAGUCAGGUGGCAGUGCUGCAGCAUUUUCCAGCUAUAAGAGUUCCUGAGAGUUGAGUGAAGUCCAUUCAGCCCUCAGCUGUUCUCCACUCAGGUCCUGGCAUGAUGUUGGAGGAGGAGUGCCAGGGUGUGAGGGGCCAGCAGGAGUUGACCGUUCUCCGGACAGUGGAUUCACCCGGUGCGGCGCCUUCCAGCGGCCCUGAGGGUCCUCUGUCCUUCACGGAUGAAGCUGUGUCCAUACUGACCUCCAGCAACCUGCUGGCCCGCUCCUUGCUGGGUCGCACCUCUGCAGUCAAGCGCAAAGAGAGUCCAGCUGCCACCACUGCCCGGCGCAAGCGCGAGUUCAUCCCCCAGGACAAAAAGGACGAAAGCUACUGGGACAAAAGGAGGAAGAACAACGAGGCGGCCAAACGUUCUCGAGAGAAGCGGAGGGUGAACGACAUGGUCCUGGAGAGCCGGGUGCUUGCUUUGCUGGAGGAGAACGCCCGGCUUAGGGCGGAGCUCCUGGCUCUGAAGUUCCGCUUUGGCUUGAUUAAAGAUCCGUCCAACACACAGAUUCUACCGCUUGCUGGAGCUCCUCAACACAAUCUUCCAAACCUCACUCCCCAAUAUUAUCCCCACAGAGGUGAUGGAGGCCCUCAAAGCUCAAAUCCCAACAACCACUUAGGCCAGUCAGGCACCAGGAGCUCGAGAGAGGCUGGCAACAUCUCAGAGGACUCUGGGUUUUCUACGCCAGGAGGGUCGAGCGUGGGCAGCCCCAUCUUUUUCGACGAACGCUUUGGCGACCAUGGGAAGUUUUCACCCCAACGAGUGGAAGAGAUGGGUUAUGACCUCCAGCAGUCACCGGGCGAUGUCCACCACUCUGCGGCACUCGCCGUCGGGAAGCCGGACCAAGCAGAGGGGAUGAAAAACCUUCCACACAAGCUACGUUUCAAGACCCCCGGGAGCGGGGAGGGCCUCGACAUCGGUUGCGACAAUGCCAGCGUAAGACGCAGCCCUCGGGAGACCAGGAAAGGGCCGAGCGGAGGCGAAGUAGGAGCGGGGCAUUGUCCCGGCUCCUGGGUCCAGCAACUGGAAAGGGAGGAAUGCCAGAAGGAGAGACAGACUCUUCAUUACGGUACUUCUACUGCCGGCUGUAACCUCCAUUCUCCUCCCAUGCCCGGACAAAGCGACGUCCAGUAUCAGCAUGAGAACACUUACCUGAAAUCUCAGCUCAGCUCCCUCUCUGAGGAGGUGGCUCAGCUGAAGAAGCUUUUCACAGAGCAGCUCAUGUCCAAAAUCAACUGACGGACCGAGGGGGUUAAAUGUUUGCUAAUGCACAGACUUAUAAGGACAUUUAGGAGAGAAAAACAGCAAUAUAGGGCUUGACCCGGCAUUCAGAAAGACUUUCAUGUUUAAAUAGUUCUCUGUUGUUCUCAAACAUAGCGUGUUGCGUCAUUUGGCCUUCACGGCCAUUUCGUGCCAUUGUGUUUUGGAUCAUUUCAUACCUGGAAAAAAAAAGGAAAAUCAGGUACAAAAUGGUGUCUUCUAUGGCAGGAUGUUUUGUUUAUUUGUAUCCACCUGGGGGUUAUUUUGCACAAGAUUCGACAAUUUAAAGUUAUUUUUCAUUUUUACUUGAUGUUUACUAAAAGAAAAUGAGGUUAUCUAUCAACAGAAAGUUGCUUAGGCUCAUUUUACCUAAACUGAAGGUCUUAAUCUGAGUUCAGGAAAUAAUGUAAAGUUAAAUAAAGUAAAUUAGACGUGAAAUUUUAGCAUUUUAUGACUUUCUUUUCAUGAUUUAUGAAACUACAAACAAAACUAUCUAACUUUCUUGAAUUAACUGAGUACCGAUUGCUGUUUUUUUAUGGGUAUGAAAUGGUAGGGUGGGACAUAAUGACCACAUGUGCUACAGUAUGGGUACGAAGUGGUGAGAUGGUGAACUGACCCAGUCUGAUAUAUUACGUCUUUUAAACACUCGUAUUAUCUGCUGUUUAACAACUUGCUGUGAUCUACCGUCCCGUGUCCGUUGCUCAUAAAUGUGAGUCUUAUCUGUCGGUGUACGCAAAGUAAAACACUGUCACGGCCAACAACACACAUAUCACAAACCGAGCUGCAUUUCCAUUACAAAUGCGCGCCAAACUUUGUCGACAUUUCGCUAAUGUCGAAAGAACACUAUUUGCCGUUUCCAUCAAAUAAGAAGCGCAGUAGAUAAGUUUGUUUGAGCAAGAAGCCAUUCAAAAACAUCAUCCUGUCAUCACUUCCUGUCGUCUUCUUCAUCUUUCCCAGCAGUAGCAACAUCUGGCUGUUGAUCACACGACUCGUGUGAUGUCGAAAAAAGCCUUUCCACUCCAGUUUUGCGAAAUAUACAAAUUGAAAAAACACCUGAUCAUAACGGUAAAACAUUUUACCAUUAAAAGAUAGCAUUUUUCCUAAAUUGGCUCGUUUUCUGUAAGGAAAUUGAUUUUCAUAAUUUCAAUCUGCGCAAUUACAAGGUCAAUGGAAAGGCAGUCAAUGACAGCUUCACACUAUCACCUGACACCGCCUAUGGUAGAAGAAGUAAUUGAAGUGGUUUUAUUUAACGCUCUUAUUAAAGGACUAUAAAGCACAAACAGACACAAACAGCGAAUGCACCAUGAGAUUAAAUCAUUAACUAGUAGAAAGUAAAACACAACUCACAUGUCCCUCAGGCUUUCUGAAACAUUUCUGUUCAGGUUUGUUCCGACUUGUUACGCGUUAAAAUAUUGGCUUCAGGACAAAACACCGCAACUUGUACAGUUUUGGUUUGUGACUGUUUUUUUUGUUGUUUUUUUAACCCAUUCCUUUGUUACCAUCUGAUCCAGUCUCCACUGUGUUUCUGUGCAUUUUCAUAUUUAAAAACAAUAAACGGAUUUGACAUA